AAUACGGACCAUCAGUGCUACCUCUCUCGUCUCCGAAAUCCUAGGACAACAACAUGGCCGACGACGGUGCCGCAGGAGCGCCAUCGGCGCCAUCAGCACCGGCCGCCUCGAGUGCCGCACACGGCCCCGCGCAACCCUCCGAGAACGUUCCUCCGAAGACACUGAACGGCCCCCCGAGAAGCCCUGUCAUGGAGGAGAUCGCGUCCUUGACAUCUCCCCGGCUCUUUACGCCAAACCCUUUCAGCCGCAAGAACACCUCCCUUGACAUUGAUGACUAUUUCGUCCGUUCCCGACUCCUCGACCUGGAUUCCACUUGGGGCCCUCGCUGACCCUCUCCAGACCGGUCCUCGCGACAUCCAGAAGCACUCGAAAUGGCCCAUAUUCCUGCAGAUGCAUGGCAGCAUCCUGCCCAAGCUGAUCUUGCCACUGCUCGCCGUUGGGCUCUGGUCGACGUGGAUUACAGCCAUCCACAUCCUGGUCACGCCCAUCAGCAUUGGCAGUGUCUUGCUUACUGUCCUCGGUUUCGUCGUCGGUUUGGGUCUUUCGUUCCGGAGCUCCACGGCAUACGAGCGGUACGCCGAGGGUCGUCGGUAUUGGGCACAGCUGAUCCUUGCGAGUCAAAAUCUCGGACGCGUCUUCUGGGUGCACGCCACCGAGCCGAAGGACAUUCCUGAGGACCAAAAGGAGGAGUUCAAGAAGAAGGAUGUGCUGGAGAAGCUUACUGCCUUGAACCUCAUCGUGGCCUUCUCGGUCGCGCUCAAGCACCGACUCCGGUUCGAGCCUUACACCUGCUACGACGACAUCUCGAGCCUCGUGUCCCACCUCAACACCUUUGCCCAGGCGGCGACCAACGAGGAUCACGAAAACGCCCAGCGCACCUUCAAGCGCCACGGUUUCUUUAAGAGCGUGGGCGAGUACCUGGGCGUGUCCUUCGCCGAGAGCAACCCGCGCAAGGCCAUGAAGAAGGCCGGCCGCCCGCUCGGCAACCUCCCACUGGAGAUCCUCUCGUACCUGGCGCAAUACACCGACGAGCUCGCCCUCUCCGGCCGGCUCCCCGUCGCCAUGCACCAGACGACGGCGUACAACAACAUCGCCGUACUCAACGACGUGCUGGUCGGCACCGAGCGCGUGCUCAACACGCCGCUGCCCAUCGCCUACUCGAUCGCCAUCGCCCAGAUCACCUGGGUCUACAUCCUGGUCCUGCCCUUCCAGCUGCUGGGUACCAUCGGCAAGGAGCAGUGGAUUACGAUCCCCGCGACGGUCGUGGCCGCCUACAUUAUUCUCGGUAUCUUGUUCAUCGGCCGCGAGAUUGAGAAUCCCUUCGGCCAGGACGUCAACGAUCUGCCUCUGGAGGGCUACUGCGCCCAGAUUGCUGCCGAGAUGGACGUAAUUGCGAGCAAGAAGAAGCAGCCCAGCAGCCAAUGGAUGGAGAGCAAUGAGAACCGUGUGCUGUGGCCCCUGUCUCACUCGGGCUGGCCGGUGUGGAUGAGCCGCAGCGAGGAUAGCAUCCGCGAGGCCGUGACCCAUAAGGUGGAGGCCACGUUUAUGAGCCAGAAGGGCAACAUGAAGGACGCAUUGCUCAAGACCCGGGCCGAGGCGGAGAAGGAUCAUGCGCAUGACAAAGUGACUGUGGAGGUUUAAAGACGAUGGUAGGAGUUUGUUGGUGCGUUGACAAGGUGUGGUCAACCUACCCUGAGUAACAACGGUUGGAUAAGCUGGGCUUGGUUUAGGUUUCUGAUGGGCGAAGAAAGGAGCAAAAUGCAUGAUGUGCCGGCGUCAGAUGUUGUUUUCAUUCUACUCUAAAGUUUUGUAAUCUCUCAUAUAUACCAUCAUAUCCACAUCAGCACCCAAGUCAUGAUCGCCAAACUCCACGCUUCCUAUGCAUG